AUGAACUUUAGAGCGCUGCUGGCUCUGGUCAGGACAGCAAUUCACAGAAACGACACCAACAUGGACAAAGCGUCGGGAGGACAGUGGAAGUGCGCGCGGCCCGUCACGCAGCAGACGCAGCAGCUGCUCAAACAAUUAAUGCUGGAUACCCGUCUCACCAAUGUUCAAAAAAGACAGCUCCGAGACUGCUUCAUAAAUGGAACACCUUUACAUUUGGUCUGUGCCCGAAAUCCACCUCCUCCUCCUCCUCCUCAGUCAAAACCAAAGCCUUGUACUUCACGCGGACCUAAAGGCAAACCACAGAAACGCAGUGCUGACCAGUGCCAAGCAGGUGGCAGCUACGUCAGGGACCGGUUUAAGCCCGGUCCAACUCGAGAUCUUGAGAAGGAAAAACGCCACCUCCAAAAGAUCCUGGCGAUGGGAAAAGAUGAACCAAGUGCAACAAUAAAAGAAAGUCCUCCAGACUCAGAAGCCCCAGAGGAAAAGGACCGCGUUGAUGAACUUGUGGAGGAGAUUGAAGAAAGACGUCAGUUUCUGGAGGACAUGGCGUCAAUGGGACAAGAGAAGCACUAUGUAAACGUUAUCAACACUGAAAUAUCGCAGAGAAUCAGAGAACUGAAGCUGUUGGACAGAAGUGACCCAUCCAGGAACGCUGCAGAGGAAUGUGAAGGACAGAAAGAAUAG